UGACUGACAUGAGGAGGUUACUCUCUCUCAUCCGUUUCAGUUCAUGACAUGCCUGUUCGCUUCUCCCCUGCAAAAUAUGGUCUACGGUUCUACACUGUUUAUGUUGACUUGUGGCCUCGUGGUUUCCUUUGAACAAUCAUUAGCGGCGUUGAAGCAAUCUAUCGCGCAACUCCGGCCAGAGUAUACGGUCACAUUCACUGCCAAGGAUUUCCUCAACACGGUUGUCAAAACUUUCAUCGUGUCGUACGGCGUCAAAGUCUUGAUUGAAGGACAUGCUCUGGAGAACAUUAUCCAUGACCUACUCGACGUCUCACUCGAACUUCGGAUGCACACUGAUGUGAUGCUCUUUCAUCUUUCAGGCCUAGGAUUGCCAAGGGUGCCAUGGUUACUUAGCCCUGCCCCACUCACUGCCACCCCUCUCCUUGCCAUAUACAGGUACUCAUGGUACCACAGCCAUCGGCGCCCAUGGGGCACAUCUCUAUCCAUGGGGUGCCUGAAAUGUGGUGCCAUCCAUCCAUGGGCACGAUCAAAGCUGGACCCUCAUCCACCGAGUGGUUAUCACCUGAAGACUCGAGUGUCCACGUGCCGCAAGUGCACCUUUGAAGUGUGUACUCAGCCUCUACCGGUUGAAUACGACGUGCUCCAUGGCAACCCUACAUCUGGGUGGCUCAAAUACACCGUUUGCGCUGCAGUGCCACUGUGAUUUCGUGCAUUUGUCUGUCAUUUAUACACUUGAUACUUCCAAAGUAAUGUAAUACUGCGUCUGCAUGC